AUCUACAAUGAAUUAUUUUUCCGUGUAGUGUAGUUUUGAGCGUCAUUCAAACUGGUCUGGCCGCUGCACCCGGUGCCCCACGCUUACCCAACCAUUUGCGUCGGUCUUCAGUUACUAAUGUCGAACUUGCUCUUAGUUGGUUUCGUGCUACUGUCCUCACUGGGAGCUGUGCUUUGUGAUUUUGAUCUCCUCAUUCUCCACAACAAUGAUAUGCACUCUAGAUUCGAAGAGACCGAACCCAAUUCGGGGACGUGCAAACCGGAGAAUAAGAACAGAUCGUGUGUUGGGGGGUUCGCCAGAGUGGCCCACGAAGUCCGCAGAUAUCGUGAACUAGCCCAGGAAAACAAAGGGCCCCCGGUGCUGUUUUUGAAUGCCGGAGACACGUACGUCGGCACUGUGUGGUACAAUCUGUUCACUUGGAAUAUUUCCCAGGAAUUUAUCAAUAUUCUUCAACCUGAUGCGGUGGCACUUGGAAAUCACGAAUUCGAUGGUGGUGUUGCUGGGCUAGUACCUUUUGUCAAUGCUCUAAACAGCCCUAUAGUAUCCUCAAACUUGGAUUUCUCUGAUGAACCUACUCUUUCUAGAGUACAAAAAUCCGUGGUGCUUGAGGUAGCAGGAAGAAAAAUAGGAAUCGUAGGCCACCUAACUCAAGAGACCAAAAUAAUUUCCUCUCCCGAAAAGACAAUAUUUCUGGACGAGAUCGAGUCUGUUAAGAACGAGAGUGAGAGACUGGAUAGUUUAGGAAUAAAAAUAAUUAUAGUUCUUGGGCACUCCGGAUAUUUGAAGGAUCAGGAAAUCGCAGAGCAGGUACCACUUGUGGACGUAGUUAUUGGCGGGCAUACCAACACUUUUCUUUGGAACGGACCACAGCCUGAUUUGGAGCCUAUUGAUGGUCCUUACCCAAAAGUUGUGACACAAAAGUCUGGCAAGAAAGUUCCUGUCGUUCAGGCCUAUGCCUAUACGAAAUAUUUAGAUUCCAUACGCUAA